AUGAAACAAGAUGAAUCUGUUUUGAAGACACUUGAAAAGAAAACAACACAAGAAAUCACACACAGUCCAAGAUUUCAAAAAACAAAAACGAAAAAGUCGAUGAAGCAAGACAAAUCUGUUUUCAAGACACUUGAAAAGAAAACAACUCAAGAAAUCAGACAGAGUCCAAGACUUAAAAUGAUUGAAUACAAAAAAUCUGUGACUCCUAUUAAAAUUGAUGAUAGCCUUGUAAAGAAAGAAUAUGAUGAAAAAGCAACAAUAUUGCCAGAUUUGUUAGGCAAAACACCUCUGAGAGAAAUUGAUUGGUGUGGUUUUAUAACCAAUUGCUUGAAAAUGUCAAAGACGACGUGGGAUGAAACCGAUAGAGGAAACUACUAUUGUGGGCCACUUCUUUUAUUAUUGUUUAUGAGAAAUGAUAAGAGUGAAAAAAGACAAAUACAUGCACUACAUUUUUGGGAUUAUGAGAUGAUGGUGAAAAGGGAAAAAGCAGAGUUAAAGAGUGGUGACUUUGGAACUUUGGAAUGGAAUGAUGAUGUUAUAGAAAAUGAUGAAGAAUCUGACACCGAUGAAAAUGAAUAUAUGAAACUCGAUGAAUUGGUAUUCAAAGCAAAAAAGAAAUAUAAAAAACUAGUGAACGAUAAAAUGAAGUUUAGAAAGUUAAUUGAGUUUUCAACAAAAAAAUUCACAGAAGGCGAUGAGUUGAAAGAUAUGAAGAAAGUCUUUCAACAAGAAUUCAUUUAUAAAAGUCAAAAUGAAGAUGAAACAAAUGUGAUGAAUGAAGAUGAUGCAAAAAGUGAGAGUAAUGAAGAUUGA